UAUUCCAAAAUUAAAUUAUUCCAUGCAAGCUAUGGCCUCCAGACUCAUACUAGUAGAAACAUAUAUUUCUCUUCCUUUCUUGCUUCUAGUUCCUCUCUUUCUUUUCGUCUUGAAGCAUAAAUUUUCCAAAAAUCAAGUUUCAAUUAGACUCCCACCAGGUCCAAAACCAUGGCCGAUCAUAGGAAACCUUCCCCUCAUAGGUGACAAGCCACAUGUGUCAAUGGCCCAAAUUUCCAAGGCUUAUGGCCCUCUCAUUUCCAUCCGUCUUGGAACUCAAGUUGUCAUUGUCGGCUCCUCUCCGGCUGCUGCAGCUGCCAUACUCAAGACCCACGACAGGGAACUCUCUGGCAGGCACGUGCCACAUGUGUCAUUUGCAAGAGAGCCUGAGUACAAUCGGGACUCAAUUGCUUGGACCUUCGAGUGCUCUGAAGAGUGGAGGAAUUUCCGAAAUCUCAUGAGAAAUGAGCUUUUCGGGUCAAAAAUCGUUGAUGGUCAGUCGCAUAUCAGAGAAAAAAAGGUUAGUGAAAUGGUAAAGUUUCUGGGUUCAAAGGACGGACAAACAGUGCCAAUUCGGGAAGUCUUGUUUGUUAACACGUUUAACUCCUUGUCAAAUAUUUACUUGUCGAAAGAUUUCUUAGCUUUUGGAGGAGUAGCAAGUAGAAGAAUGAGUGGGCUUGUAAGAGACAUGAUGGAGUUAUGGACAGCACCAAAUAUAUCCGAUCUGUAUCCAAUAUUGGCCGGGUUGGAUCUUCAGGGUCUGAGGAGGAAGGCCGAUGAGUGUGUUAAAAAAAUGUGUGGGAUUUGGGAUAGCACGAUAAUAGAGAGAAGAGAAAGAAGAAGUGGCGAUCAUCCGAAUAAGAACAGAGAUUUCUUGGACGUUUUGCUUGACAGUGGAUUUUCUGAUGAACAAAUCAGUUUUGUCUUUGUGGAACUAUUAGCUGCAGUGUCUGAUAGCACCACCUCAACAGUAGAAUGGGCCUUGGCGGAACUCUUGAAGAAUCCUGAAACCAUGUCGAAAAUCCAGAAAGAAUUGGCAGAGGAAAUCUCAGAAGAUUUCGUAAGAGAGGAACAUCUGGCGAACCUUCCCUAUUUGUAUGCAUGCGUCAGAACUUUGAGAUUACACCCUCCAGCGCCACUUCUGCUACCACACAGAGCGAUCGAAGAUUGUGAGGUGAUGAAAUACACCAUUCCUAAAGAUUCUCAGGUUUUCGUGAACGUAUGGGCAAUUGCAAGAGACCCUACCAUUUGGGAAGAGCCUUUGAGUUUUAAACCAGAGAGGUUCUUGAAUUCUAGUUUGGAUUACAAAGGCUCUGAUUUUCAUUAUCUUCCGUUUGGUAGUGGAAGGAAGAUUUGUGCAGGCAUGCCGAUGGCUAUUAGGCAGGUUCAGUUGGCUUUGGCAUCUUUAAUUCAUCACUUCGAGUGGUCUCUUCCAGAUACAAUGAAACCUCAGGAGCUAGACAUGAAUGAGAAAUUCGGUGUGACAUUGCUGAAGCUGGAACCUCUUAUGGUAAUUCCGAAACAAAGGAAAUAAUUAAUGAUCCUGCCUAAUUCUCAACCUC